AUGGCUCGACUUCUGGUCAUCAUUGUUUCCUAUUUAGCAGCUCUGGCUGCUAGUCGACACAUCCUUUCACUUGCCGAAAGAGGCAGGUCCAUGUUUUGGUCCAAGGAAGAAUUGCAUGCCCAGUGUCAAGACGUGAGAGUAUCACAAUUAAUUCAACGGUUCUCAAGAGAAGAGCGUUUGAGAGCAAGGUGCAAGUCCAGAAAACAAGCUCCUGCAUCGGAGCCGCUUGUAACCUCGAGCAUUGACUUGAACGAAUGUCUUGGCUGGGACAGGCAGAAGCAAAACUUUACCCCGAGAGCAGGGUAGGUAUAUAACUCAGCUGUGGCCUGUUAUGCUUUUCUCAGGAUAUGGGUAGUAACUAAUGAGCAUAGUGGAAUGGGGAUUAAGGAAGGCGACUGCCAUAACUGUCGUUACACCGACUACAGGCAAAUCAUUGACCCUAAUAUGCGCAGCUUGCAAUGCUGGUGCGAGAACGUAAGAGGGGGUCAAAU